AUGUUUCCCGAUCACACCACUACUAUUCACGCUUACCGAGCCCUUUAUAAGGCCGGGCUGGCCGCCGUUCAAUAUUCCUCUCCUGCACGAUAUUCGAUUCGAGAAAAACUACGGAAAGCUUUUCGACAUUCGGAUCCUAAUCGAUUUUCACAACAGCGGAUCGACAACACGGUCCAGUUUUUAAGGACAGCGGCGAGAAGGAGGGGGAUGGAACAUUCUAUUGUAAAGAAUUUAUGCAAGGUAGCAUAUUGGCAGCUACACAGUCGGAAAAAGUUGGCCCCCUAUUGGGAAUCGAACAAGAGUCGAUCCCACGAUAUGUAUAUGUUCGCGCUUAUUACCUGUGACUGACUUGAGCGUUUUCUUUGGAUCAGUCGGAAACUGGUUGUGGGAAAAGAUAGGACACCGGUCACGGAGCAAGUAUUCAGUAACUAUUUGGAGACAAUCGGGCUGCUCAAUCAGAGCAUGGAUCUUGAAUUACGG